GUUAAACAUUUUAAGGUGGUUUGACUUUGCUACUUGCUGCUACAACCUGCAACGUGCAGUCUCUAGCUCCCUGCAUUUCAUAGACUCAGUCAUUACUGUUCUAUAGUUCAAAGAGGAGAGAGUAUCCUCCCCUGAGUCAAAAUGAGAGCUAGUUUUCGAUCUGUCUACUUGUUUCAAUUUCAGAAACCAUGUUUGCCUUUGCUGCAGUUUGUGGAGUGGCUCUAGUUCUGUUGGCCAUGUUUAUGAGAAGACUGCAAGGUCAGAAACCGAAGUUCCAAAAAAAUUACAACCAUGACAACGGACGCCCGCUUGGUAUUAUGGAAGAAUUGUUAAGACAUGUCCACGACACGACUGGAAGUCUUAUUCUUGCCGACACUUGAGUUUUGCGCUCCCAAAAGGAAAUUACAGGAUCAGUGGUGAGGAAAGCAAUGGAACUACUCAUGAGAAGACACCCUAAUUUGCGCAUGUGCUAUCAAAAGAACCAAAACGGAGAAUAUCACCUGCAGAAGAUGACAACUCUUAAGGUGGAUUUACGAGAGCAAAAUACCACCGACUGGAAAAGUGUCAUGGAGGAGAGCUUGCUGGAGAAAUUUGAUGGAAAAAAUGGUCCUCUUUGGAGAGUCACCUUCCUUCCAAAUGCUAGGUACCAGUCGAACGCAGAUGAAGAAACCCCAGAAAUAACCUCACACCCUCAUGAGUGCAUUUGCAUAGUUGGCUUUCAUCAUAUCAUAAUAGAUGGGCAGUCCUUUUCGAGAAUGUUUGCAGAGUUUAAGACGUAUUUGGGCAACAUACUCAACAAUGAAGAACCUCAAGUGUCCUCCAUGCAAAUGUUGCCACCAGUAGAACUGUACCUUGAUGAAGUGACCCCGCCUAAGUGGUACCACUUUCUUUUGCCUAUGGUAUUUGGAAUACUGGGCAUGGUACCCGGAUUCACCACACGAAUGAUGGGAGGAUUUGUUCCAAAAGGUAAUGCCUUUACCAGAAAAUAUGGCGUCGAAAUCCAACGAUAUCCGCACAUUCAACCAAAGACGAAGAUUAUUCCCUUAGAGUUUACUGAGGACGAGACCUCAAGGUUACUGAAGAAGUGCAAGGAGCAUAAGACAACAGUACAGGGGGCUGUUCAGACAGCAGCAGGUGUUUCCAUGGUCACCAUGUUAGAGGAUCUGAAGCUAGAAGUCCCCACCCGAGUCACAGUCAAUAUCAGACCCUUCCUGAGAUCAGAAGUACCAAAUGACUAUGCCGGACCGUACUUUCUUGGCGUGGAAUGUAAAAACCUGGUGGUCGCUGCUCCAGAUCCUGGUGUAUUUUGGAAUAUGGCUAAACAAGCCUCAAAUGACAUCCAUGCCAAACUGAAAAACAACGUACCCAUCAAGGAAUGGUUAGUCAUGAAGUAUCUGAUCCCAGUGGUAUUUGGAGCAAUGAGUGAAGAACCUAAAGAAGAUGAUGGAUUCGCUGGACGUUCCCGACAGCUAGUAGUUUUCACUAAUUUGGGUUACGCAAAGUUUCUCGACGGAUCUCCCGAUGAUAGCGUCAUCCUUCGAGCAAGGUUCGGUUGUUCUGCCGAGCACCAACAAGGAACCAUUUUUAGCAACAGCAUGAUGACAUUUAAUGGAAAGUUAUUUUGGACAGUGACUUAUUACAGUAACGUUGUAAGUAACGCCUUAGCCCAGAAGUAUGCCAGUUUGGUUAAAGAAACUAUUCUUAAAGCGAUUGAAAUGUGAAGACUUAAUCAUUACAACUAAACAUGAUGCUCCAGGUUCGUGAUAUCAAACUUUUCCCCGCUCUUUCCCAACAUCAAGCUUUUCAAUUUUUACAAACACAAUAGAACCUCGCCUACUCGAACAUGGUUAACUCAUGCUCCAUGGUAACUCGUACUUUUAGCUAACUCGAACCCCCAUUUUUGUUUCCCUUCACAGUUGAGUUAACGGGGCUCUACUGCGCAUUUAAUAAUAGGGGGCGACAAUCUUAAAGGUGCAGAGAAGAUAAAUCUUCCAGUCAGCUAUGCUCUUUUGAUCAUAUUCACAUCAGUACAAAAGGUAUAUAAACGAUCAGCCCUCAGUUCACAACAUGUGCAGCUUGUCGAGAUCUUGGCUUGUAUUCCUUAAUGCUUCCUCCACUGUUUACUUAUAGAAUUCAUUCAAGAUUCUUAGGCUUGGUCGGCAAGGCAUAAAAAAAAUAUAGCAGAAUGAUGUAUUUUAGAUUUGAGUGUAAUAGCAGAAGUCCUAAUGAUUUUAGAUAUAUGAAAUUCAUAUAUUUGCACUGUGGUGAAGUGAAGUAAAGAAAAGAAGAGCUCCUCGCAGCUAAGAACACUACUGAAACGAGUAGUUGCAUUGAAAAUAGGACCUGAAAAAAAUUUCAGGUCCGUACAGGAUUUGAACCCAUGACCUGUGCGAUAUCAAUGCAGCGCUCUACCAACUGAGCUAACAAGCUCAAUUGGGUCCAAAUAUACCAUCCAAGUGAUGAAUAAUGAUUUUAGAUAUAUGAAAUUCAUAUAUUUGCACUGCGGUGAAGAAACGAAUGUAAGAGAUCCUCGCAGCUAAGAACACUACUGAAUUUUUUUUAAUGUAACAGUUAUGAUGUCGAGCCUAUCCGACAUUAGAUCAUUUUAUUCACGUUACGUAUUGCAGUAGUAUUAACAUGUAAAUUGUGAAAUUAAGAAUAAUAUAAAAAUGACUUUUUAGACAAGUACUAAAACAUGUUUCUGUUUUUUAAACUUAAAAUGGUCAGCUACCAUACUACUGUUUGCUAGAAAUAAAUUGGAUUGUGAAUAAACGCCGCCCUCGAAUCACGAAAAACUUAAUAAACGCCGCGGCGUUUAAUCGAAUAAAUACGGUAUCUAUUGAAACACUG